AUGAGCCUGAUCCCAUUCGCCCUGGACCCCUUCUUCGGGGACGACUUCUUCCACCCCCUGCGCAGCAGCCGUGCUCUGACUACAUCUGGACCCCAGCUGGCUCGCGGCGUGGCCAUCGAUGUCUCGGAGGACAAGAGCAAGUUCUUGAUCAAGGCCGACAUCCCUGGAGUGAACAAGGAGGAUAUCAAGGUCACAACCGAGGGCGAUACCCUGUCACUGAGUGUAGAGAAGACAGAGGAGAAGAAGGAGGAGGACCCUGAGACCAAGUUCCACAGAUUCGAGCGCUCGACCUCCUUUGUCUCUCGAUCUGUACGCCUGCCCAAGAAUGCAGACCUGGCAGCCAUCAAGGCGAACUACAAGGAUGGUGUGCUCAGCCUUGAGGUCCCCAAGCAUGACGAGAAGGAGAUUGCGCCCCGCCGAAUUGCCAUCAACUAG